AUGACUGAAUUUAUGAAAGAAAAACACUUCAAACCGUUACCUCGCUUCAUUGUUUGUGUUAGCACGACCAAUUUGGAAUAUGACAAACUCAGUGAUGCCCUUGAUAAAACAAAACUUUUGAUUGUAACAUUUAAAAACUCCUAUCCAAAUUCGAAAUUAGCUUUAACCACUCUAUCUCCAAUGAAUAUUUGUGGCCUGAAAGCCUCAGCCGAAGCUCUAAAUGAAGAUAUAAAAGAAUACAACAGAGAAUUAACAUCUCUAACCAUGAAUAUGGGUGGUGAUUUGAUACCGAUCGAUUAUGACAAGCGUGAUAUGAUAUCUCGUGAUGGACAUCAUUUGAGCGAUUCAGAUACUUUCAAACUAAGUAGUUCAAUGGAUGAAUACUUAAAGAAUAGUCUUUAG